AUGACACGGCCAGCCGUGACAACCCUCGGACCCGAGCAUGCAGAGCGCGUCGCUGAAGUAAUCGCCGCAGCCUUCUCUACCUCCCUGUUCACAGCUUAUUUACUACGCACCCCUGAAUCCACAUGGCCGACGGAUAACAUCCCCGCGGACAUCGUCGGGGCUCAUUUCAAAAAGUCUGUCACCAGCAGAGCAGAGCAAGGGGCGGAGCUGGUAGAGGCGGGGAAUUUCGCAGCAGUUGCUGUAUGGUUUCCACCAGGCAACCCCAUUUCAACUGCAGGAGUCACAGAUCCGCGGAUCCUGGAGUAUCGCGAAAAAUUCGGCCAGGUGAAGGAGGAGCAUCUCCAAGGACGAGAUUACUGGUAUCUCAAUCUGAUCGGGAGACAUCCCGAGCGUACCGAGCCUGGUGUUGUGCGGGCUCUGGUUGAUCCGUAUUUUAAGAAAGCUCGAGAGCAAGGUGUUCCCCUGUACCUUGAAGCAAUCACUGAACAUGCACGGGAUGUCUAUGAGCAUAUGGGAUUUCGCACCAUUGCUGAAGUUCCCUUAGGAGUUGGCAGGACCAACUCGAGGGGGGAAUUAGACGAGAAUGGAGAGGGGAUUGUGCUAUAUGGGAUGAUGGCGGAAUAG